ACUGUCUAUGAAAUAAAAAAUUAAAAAAAAUGUAUCCGGCGUCCGAGUUCAGUAAACUUUAUUUUUUGAAUAUUGUGUUUUAAAUACAAUUAAUUAAAUAUAAAUUAAAUAACCGUCUGUAAUUUAUGUUAAAAGUUAAAUCUUAAGGACGGCAAUCUUUAGUAUUUCAGUGCCAUACUGUGCGACUUUUUCCUAAAAUUGUUUUUCGAGGCAAAGAAGUCAUAAUCAUGUAUAAAAUUGAGGAUUUGACAAUGCCACCUUCCAACAGCCAGGAUCUGGACCUUUUGAACUUGGAAGGCGAUGUGUUUCUACCAGUUGCUGAGAAUGAUUUCAACAUAUCCUCAUAUCUAGCAGGAGAUGUUAGUUCUGAAGAAACUUUAGAUGUAGCUAUUGUUGACAUGAAAUACAGUCCACAAAUUCAGUUCACUCCACUUUCACCACGUGGUCCACCAGAGAGGAAAAUUGUGUCUGAAAAAGCAGCGUUUGAAAUAGAAAUAGAUGGGUCACUUACGCAAAAGAAAAAGUUUUUGUAUUCCCACUUACUGAACCGGAUAUAUGUGGAAAUGGAAUGCAACUUCUCGCUGAACUUCAACUGGGAUGUGAACAAGGUGCCGCAGCGAGCGAUGUACAUCCGCGCCACAGUAGUGUUCGCGGACGCCGAGCAGGCUGAGAAGCGCGUGGAGCGCUGCUUGCAACAUGCGCAUGUCACUUCCAACACAAAGACAACGGAUGCAGUAAUAGUCAACAACGUACUGAGAUCGGCGCGAGAGAUGGGAGACCCGAACGUGUUUUACUGCGGCAAUCCUCAAGAAACUGACUGCUGGUACUCGGUGGUGGUGCAGCUGAACGGCCCGGGAGGCCACGCCUACAACUUCGUUUGCAAGAACAGCUGCAGCUCGGGCAUUAACCGGCGAGCCAUUGACAUCAUCUUUACACUUGAAGAUUCUAUUGGCACAGUGUACGGGCGGCAGAGCGUGGGCGCGCGCGUGUGCUCGUGCCCGCGCCGCGACAAGAACACGCAGGAGCAGGAGUUCCGCGCGAGCGGCGGCAAGCGCGCGCUGCCGCGCAAGCAGCCGCCCGCGCCCGCCAAGAAGAUCAAGCUGGAGGCCGUGCCCAACCAGGACUUGACCGUGGUCACCAUACCCAAGAUGGAUAUAGUAGGGCCCCGAGCGGCUAUAACUUCGCUCAAAGUAGCGCACAAUAUGAUGGACCAGAUGCGCGCGACCAAUCGGUCGCACCAGCAGCCCGUCGACGACCUGGAUAGGUGCAUAACUAACAUUAAGAAUAUUAUAGACAAGCUGGAGGCUGAAUAUAACACAAACAUCCUGUGAGCAGUUCCCAAAAUGUUUGUCUUAUAAGUUAUACAGGGUGUUAUUAGAACGCUAGCGAACACAUAGCGCUAUUAUUAUAUUACCUAAACACAAUCCAAUACCAAUAACCAUUUGCUUUAUACUUGUAGUUUUAGUGAUUUAGAAUUUUAAAAAACACGCCAAUGUAUCGCGUACAAAAUCGGGGACUCGUGCACGCCUAGUCUUAGCCACGUCUUAUGGCCGAGUCACACCAAGCACGUACACGUGACACGUGCGUAGUGACGCGCGUGAAUCCGUAGACA